CCUAUUUGCUCUAUGUAAGACCCCCAGAUCGCGAUCCGACUUCCUAGAUCGCGAUCUGGAUUUGACGGUUUCGUAUCUGUCGCCGGGAAAUUCGGAUUGCUUUGUUUGCAGCUCCGACGAGAUGGAGUUCGGCGAAUUCGCGGCGGCGAUGGGUGACGACGAGGUGCUGCAGCCUGGGGAUUUAUAUUUCGAGUUGCCGCUGCGGUGGCGGAACCACCGGCUGCGGGCGGAGGAUAUGGCGGUUUUGGCGGCGAAAGCGAGCGUAGCCCUUGCCGGAAAAUAUAGGAGCGGUUACGAUGGUGAUCGGAUGAAUUUUAGAUGCUGUUGUUGCGGAUGGAGAAAGGCUGCUGACCAUUUGAUUUUAUUUAGUGAGAAGGAGCGGCCGCUCCUGGCGGCGGACGGCGGCGGAGGUGGUGGUUCCAAGAGACGAAAUUUGUCGCCAACUUAAGUACAAUAGGU